AUGGCCAUGCUCGUGCUCGCGCUGCUGCCCCUGCUCGCCGCGUCCGCGUCCGCGGCGGGCGGCUGCGCGGCCGACGCGUCAUUGUCGUCGCCCAACGGAAACGCCUACGCGGCCUGCAGCGACCUGCCCCGCCUCGGCGCCACGGUGCACUGGACCUACGACCGCGCCGCGGGGUCCCUCUCCGUCGCGUUCGUCGCCGCGCCGGCCGCCCCGGGCGGGUGGGUGGCGUGGGGGCUCAACCCGUACGGCGAAGGCAUGGCCGGCGCGCAGGCGCUCCUCGCCGCGCCUUCUUCCUCGUCCGGCGCGUGGGCCGUCCGGACGUACAACAUCUCCGGCUACGCGCUCGGCGCGCCCGGGCCCAUCGCGUUCCCCGCGACGGGCCUCGCCGCGGAGAUGGGCACCGACGGCCGCGUCAGGGUCUCCGGGACGCUGAGCGUGGGCCAGGGCGCGUCCGUCCUGAACCAGGUGUGGCAGGUCGGGUCCGCCGUCUCCGGAGACGGCGUUCCCGCGCCGCACGCCAUGGGCGGCGACAACCUCGCCGCCAAGGCGAAGCUAGAUCUGGUCAGGCAGACCAGCACCUCCUCCGACUCCGGCGGCAGCGGCCUCGCCAGGGAGCGCAAUAUCCAUGGUGUCCUCAACGCCGUGAGCUGGGGCCUGCUGCUGCCCAUGGGAGCCAUCUUCGCGAGGUACCUCAAGACGUUCAGGUCGGCGGACCCCGCGUGGUUCUACCUCCACGUGACCUGCCAGAUCAUCGGCUACGCCGUGGGGGUCGCCGGCUGGGCCACCGGCAUCAACCUCGGCAAUGCGUCCAACGGCGUCACCUACGGUCUCCACCGCAGCAUCGGCAUCGCCGUCUUCGCCCUCGCCACCCUACAAGCAUUUGCCCUGUUCCUGAGGCCGAGGAAGGAUCACAAGUGCCGCGUGUACUGGAACGUGUACCACCACUCCGUGGGCUACGCCGUCAUCAUCCUCGGCAUCCUCAACAUCUUCAAGGGCAUGGCGAUCCUGGGCGUGGAGCAGCGGUGGAGGACCGCCUACGUCGCGGCCGUGUGGGUGCUCGGCGCGGUGGCGGUGACGCUGGAGGCGGUCACGUGGAGCGUGGUCAUCAGGCGCCGCGAGGCCGAGCAGCACGGCAAGACCUUCCACGGCGCCGCCUAA